UACCCGGAUUAUCGCACGCGCUGCGGCUCGCGCGCGCGCACACACACACGCACAUACACACACACUAAGCUCCGCUUCGGUCUUGCAGCGAGCACACAUCAACACACACAAACACACACAUAUAUACAUAGAACAUAUAUACAUAUAAACAUUUAUAAAUAUAAACAUUCACACUUAUUGAAAUAUUCACGCGCACACACACACACACGCGCUAAAAACGGAAACAUGUCAUCAAAGCAAGAGGAGAAAAAGGAGUCUGGAGGAUGGAAAGAAUUCUUCUGGAACCCCCGCACACACGAGCUGCUGGGCCGAACCGCAAGUAGCUGGGGUUUGAUUAUACUCUUCUAUGUGAUCUUCUACACAUUUCUUGCUGGAAUGUUCUGCCUCACCAUGUACGUUAUGCUGCUCACACUCGAUGAUUACACUCCAACCUGGCAGGACCGACUCUCAACACCAGGGUUGAUGAUCAGGCCUAAAGGUGAAGAUUUGGAGAUCGUAUAUAAUAUAAAAAACACUGAGAGCUGGGACCAAUAUGUCCAGGCACUCAAUGCCUUCCUCACCCCUUAUAAUAAUUCUCAGCAGGUGCUGAAUAAUGAUGCCUGUGCUCCAAAUCAGUAUUACUUCCAGGAGGACAGCGGUAAUGUGCGUAAUAACCCCAAAAGGGCGUGUCAGUUUAACCGCACCAUGCUUGAGGAGUGUUCGGGACUUGCCGACCCAACCUAUGGCUACGGCAGUGGAGAACCCUGCGUGCUCAUCAAAUUAAACCGGGUAAUUGGAAUGUUGCCAGGGAAAGAUGGACAGUCUCCAUAUAUCACCUGUGGAGCAAAGAAGGAGGGCAGUGUUCCUCUUGUUGAUGUCAGUUAUUUUCCUCCUAAUGGGACAUUUGAUUUGAUGUAUUAUCCUUACUAUGGACAACGUGCCCAGGUGAACUACACGCAGCCUCUGGUGGCAGUGAAGUUUGUGAAUGUAACUCUGAACACUGAUGUGAACAUUGAGUGUAAAAUCAACUCCAACACGAUCACAGAGUUCAGCGAGCGUGACAAGUUUGCUGGGCGAGUGUCUUUUAAACUGCGCAUCAACUCUGACUAGACACACAUAACACCCCCCCCCUCCCCAUCAUCACCACCACCACCACCACCACACACACAUACGCACACACAGUUAUCAGUUAGUCAGUGGGGUUAUCUGAUUACAUGAUGUUUACUUCCUGUUUGAAGAUGCGAUGGAUUUGCAGUCUGACUUUGUCAGUAACAGGAAGUACAUUUGUGUGUGUGUGUGUGUGGGGGUGUGUGUGUGUGUGUGUGUGUUUGUGUGUUUGCAUGUCUUUGGGUUUGUGUGCUUCAUUAACUCUGUAUGUUGUUUACAUCAUUCCUUAAUGAAAGAAUAAAUACAGAUGAUCAGAUUAGAAUGAGGUUUUUAGGCUGGGUGUAAAGAAUAAAGCUGGGGUGUAUCUGGGUGGGUGGGGCUACCUCUGUUAAGUGGGUGUGGCCUAAGUGCUGUGUAUGUAAACCACAUGUAUUUAUAUUAUACACAUAUUAAGAUGCUGAUGCUGCAUAUAUCACUAUAUGAUAGAUAGUUUAAGCCUGAAUAUCAGCAGUGAUGCUACAGAGAAGUGUGUGUGUGUGUGUGUGUGUGUGUGUGUGAAAUUAAUGUUAUUGAUCUUAGUUUCUGCCCCAGCUGGUGUUUUUCUGUUAGGGUUCUCUCUGUCUGCUGUGCAAAUUCAUAUAUUUAUUUACCUAAUUAUUUUUAUUUGUUUGAUUUUAGUGUUGAAGCAGUGUUUAUUGUUAGUAUGUAAUAUUAGGGACCCCCCCCACCCACCUACACACACACACACA